AUAUGUCUGCGCCGCAGCCGCGCACGUGUGGGGUUUCGGACUUGUUUAGAAGUGUUGCAUUUAUCUCUUAGCUAACACAUAAUCUAUCCAAAAUGGGGAAAAAGUUAAAAGUCGGAAAGACUCGUAAAGAUAAAUUUUAUCAUUUGGCAAAGGAAACGGGCUACAGAUCCCGUUCGUCCUUUAAGCUAAUCCAGCUGAAUCGUAAGUUCCAUUUUCUGCAGAAGGCUCGAGCUCUUCUGGACCUGUGUGCUGCUCCAGGAGGAUGGUUACAAGUAGCAUCCAAAUUUAUGCCAGUGUCCAGUCUAAUCAUCGGCGUGGACCUGGUGCCCAUCAGACCCAUCCCCAACGUAGUCACCCUGCAGGAGGACAUCACCACAGAGAAGUGCAGACAGGCUCUUCGGAAAGAGCUGCAGACGUGGAAAGUGGAUGUUGUGCUGAAUGAUGGUGCCCCAAAUGUCGGCGCUAACUGGCAGCAUGACGCCUUUUCACAGGCACACUUGACCCUGAUGGCUCUGAAGCUCGCCUGUGAGUUUCUCAACAAAGGAGGAACUUUCAUCACCAAAGUUUUUCGCUCCAAAGACUACCAGCCACUCAUGUGGAUCUUCCAGCAGUUCUUUAAGAAAGUGCAGGCCACCAAACCUCAAGCAUCCCGUAAUGAGUCCGCUGAAAUCUUUGUUGUCUGCCAAGGUUUUCUAGCUCCUGACAAAAUCGAUAACAAAUUUUUCGACCCAAAGCAUGCCUUCAAAGAGGUGGAGGUCCAAGUAAAGACAGUAAGGGAGUUAACCACGUCAAAGAAGCCUAAAGCAGAGGGCUACACUGAUGGAGACCUGAUCCAGUAUCAUGUGUUCUCAGUUACUGCGUUUUUACGAGCUGAGAAUCCAGUGGACUUCCUGAGCAAAGCCAGUGAGAUCAGUUUUGAUGAUCCAGUGCUGGAGUCUCACUCAGCCACAUCUUCUGAAAUUAAAGAAUGCUGUAAAGACAUCAAGGUUCUUGGAAGAAAAGAGCUGCGUCUCUUGCUGGCGUGGAGAUCAAAGCUGAGGAAGUAUUUAGCUAGAAAGCUGAAAGAAGAAGCAAAGCACUUGGACCAAGAGAUCAGUCUGAGCUCCAGUGAUGAUGAUAGUGAUGCAGAGAAGCCUAGGAAGAAGAAGAAGGAGGAGGUGGUGGAUAAGGAUGAGGAUGAAGAUGAAGAUGCGGAAGAGGAUGAGGAGAUGGAGAAGAAGCUGGCUGAGCUGAAGGAAGAGGAGUUUGCAGAGCUUAAACGGAAAAAGAAGAAGCUCCUGAAAGAGCGACGGAAGCAGAGAGAGCGAGUGGAGCUAAAGAUGGACCUGCCUGGAGUUUCCAUAGCCGAAGAAGGAGACUCAAGCAUGUUCUCCCUGAAAACCAUCAGUAAAGCCAAGGACCUGAAUGAGCUCACACUGGGUGAUAUGUCAGGAGCAGAUGCCUUGGUGGAUAAUGAAGGAGAGGAGGAUGUGCAUAUUUCUGAAUCAGAGAGUGACCUCGUGUCUCUGGCAUCAGACCUGGAUGAGGAUGACCUGGCUGAGAUUGAAGAGAAAGAGGAGCAGAUGAAGAAGAAGCUUCCCAAGAAAAAGGUUUCCUUCACUUCGAUGGAGGAGGAUGAGGAUGAAGAGGAUCAGGGGAACAAACUGCUGGUAGAUUUGGAGGGAAAGAAUGAAAAACAAGACAGACAGACCAGCAUGUGGUUUAGCAAGGACAUCUUCUCGGAGCUAGACCUCGAUGAAGAUAAAGACGCAAUGAGGGAACUUGAACAGUCCCAGUUUCUGCACAGCAGACAGGCUGCAGGAAAGGGCAAAAAGAGAAAGGCUGAAAAGAAGACAAAGCCUGAUCAGGAAGAAGAUGAAGAGGAGGAGAAGGAGGAGGCCACAGCCUCUCAGGAAGCAGAAGAAGCAGCAGGAGAUGAGGAGGAGAGUGAUGACGACUCAGACAGUGACAGCAGCGAUGAUGAAGAAGAAAUAGCAAGGAUGAAAAACAAGUCUGGGUCUGGUGAAUUGGCCGGAGAUGAUGAGGACUUUCAAGUAGUCCCUGUAGAGAGCACGAGUAAGCGUGCUCGGAUCCUGGACGCUGAAGGUCUGGCUCUCGGUGCUCAGAUCGCCACAUCCAAGAAGAGACGCAGGGACUUUAUAGAUGAAUCCUUCCACAGGUUCUCCAGUUCGCAGGAAACUGGCGAGAUUCCAGUGUGGUUCUUAGAUGAUGAGAGGAAGCACAGAAAGAAACCCAUCCCUGUUACACGAGAGAUGGUGGAGGAGUACAAGCAGAAGUGGAAGGAGAUCAAUGCACGUCCAAUUAAGAGACUGGCAGAGGCCAAAGCUCGCAAGAAGAGAAGGAUGUUGAAGAAGAUGGAGCAGGCCAAGAAGAAGGCUGAAGCGGUGGUCAACACAGUGGACAUCUCAGAGAGAGAGAAGAUGGCACAGCUCAGAAGCAUCUACAAGAAGGCUGGUGUGGGUAAAGAAAAGAGGGAAGUGACCUACGUUGUGGCCAAAAAAGGAGCUGGGCGUAAAGUCCGCCGUCCCCCUGGAGUGAAGGGGGUUUUCCGCGUGGUGGACUCACGGAUGAAGAAAGAUCUCCGUGGCAAACAGCCCAAGGAUCAAGGAAACAAGGGGAAAGGGGGCAGGAAAGGAGGGAAGGGCAGAAAAGGGGGAAAGACGGGUAAGGGUCAUUCAAACAGGAAGUGAGGGAGUGAAACACGAGCAUGAACUUCUCAUCACACUCAGUUCGGACUGCGGUGAAAGAGCUGAGCUGUGCUAACGCCAGGCUACAUGGACUCCAUGGACAGGAUGAUACCACACAAGCCUGGAUUUGCGCUGUAUGUGGUGAUAUCAUCACAGAAUAUUUAUUUUGUGCUGAUUCAUGUUUUCAGAAAUGACUGCUUCCUCAUACAGAACCUUUAAUCUGGCUGAACUGCAUAUUUGAGUGUUUUCCUGCUUGAACACACCUGACUAUUUUGUCCAUUUUUAUAAAUGACUGUCUUACAGGAACAGAGGAAACAAUUACAGUUUCGCCAUAACAUUAAAAAAAAAAUUCCCACUUUCUUUUGAAUGAACAUCCAAAUUUGGUUGAUUUGUUGCUCAAUUACAACUCAGAAAUGAAGAUUGCAUAAUAUCUGCAGAGGUGCCAAGAUUUACAGUUUAGCCGUAGUGUUUAUGGUUUAGCUGAUACAGAGGACACCAGAGUUCACUUCUAUGCUUUUUCAGGGAAAACAGCCGUCACAGAUCGUUAUGAAUGGAAACCAUGAAAAUGUCUGAUUUUAAAGACUUUUGGUUAAUAAUAAAUAACAUUCUUGUGUUUUUCACCUGAUGCCUUUAAGCCUCCUGAUUGGAGGAGUUUUGAUUAAUGUAAAAUAUUUUGUCUGAAAUGUUCUUUGGAUUGUUGAGUCAUUUGAACUGCACAGUCACAAUGUCAUGUUAAUAUUUUCAAUGAUUUAAUUAAAUACAGUUAUCAAAACUGAACAGAAGGUGAUUCAUUUCCUAUCAUAGAAGCUCUGAGAGUAGUGUAACUAAUGAUUUUUUUUUAAAUGUGCUUGUUUGAAUAUAUUAUUCUUUCUAUAAAACACAUUUAUAUGUCCUUUCUAUCUCACAUGCAUUUGUAUGGUUUAUGGUCUAUAUAAUCU